GAAGUGUAAUCUGACGUCCAUUGUGUGGAUUCGCUGUUUUUUCUCGUUGUUCUUUCUUAAGUCUGAAGUUGUCCAUUUCAUUUAAUUUCCAACUUUUCAUCAACUUGAAAUCAAAUUAAAAUGGCUGCUGACCGUGAUGAAAAUGUCUACAAAGCUAAAUUGGCAGAACAAGCUGAAAGAUAUGACGAAAUGGUUGACUUUAUGAAGCAAGUUGCAAGUUUAGGUGUUGAGCUGACAGUUGAAGAACGAAACCUCCUGUCUGUUGCCUAUAAAAAUGUCAUAGGCACCAGGAGGGCCUCAUGGAGGAUAAUCAGCAGCAUCGAGCAGAAGGAAGAGAGCAAGGGAGUUCCUGAAGCCAAACUCAAACUUACUAGAGACUACAAAGCUCAAGUGGAGAAGGAGCUGAAGGAGAUCUGCACGAAUGUUCUGCAAGUUCUCGACAAGUUCCUCAUCCCUGCCUCACAGACUGGAGAGUCUAAAGUUUUCUACUACAAAAUGAAGGGCGACUACCACCGAUACACCGCAGAGUUUGCGACGGGCAACGAGCGUAAGGAGGCAGCUGAAGCCAGCUUGGUGGCCUACAAGUCUGCUAGUGACAUUGCCAAUGCAGACCUUGCUCCUACACACCCUAUUAGACUUGGAUUGGCCCUGAACUUUUCUGUUUUCUAUUAUGAGAUCUUGAACUCACCUGAUAGGGCUUGCAGAUUAGCUAAGGCUGCAUUUGACGAUGCCAUAGCAGAGCUUGAUACAUUGAGCGAGGAGAGUUACAAGGACUCCACAUUGAUCAUGCAGCUCCUCAGAGACAACUUGACAUUGUGGACCACUGAAAAUAAUAACAGUGAAGAAGCCUACGGUGACACACCUAAAGAUGAGAGCAAGGAGGCAGAGGCAGAUAAAUAGACAGCAGACAGCCCAAAACUUCUUACGUUACUUUGUACUUAAUUAAAAGCAUAUUAUUAUCAUUCUUUGUAUUAAAUAUUUUUUUACGUCCAUGCUAUUAUUAGUUAUUCAGUCAGUAAGAAAUUGAAGCUGUUAUUUACCUACAAUCAUAACAAACAUUUUAUUGUUGGUUUGUUAUUUUAUUUUUUCAUUCAUUCAUUCGUUUCCUCUCCAACGUGUCCAGGGCUAAAUGAUAUAUUUCACAAUAUUAAUUGAUUAAUUUGAUUAACUUUAACAUUGCAUUGAUGCAUGUCAACUUGUGUGCAUUACAAUUAUCAGUGCUAUUAGCUGCUAUCGUAACAUCAUUACCUUAUUUCAUUUCAGUUAUUUUUUUUCAUUUUUAUUAUUAACUUUUAGUUUUCAUUCUGGCACAUUUUAUAUGUUACUACGUUCUUUGAGAAAAUAAGAAAUAUGAUAGUUUAGUGUAUUAUUUGUACGUCGUUUGGUACACUCACCCAUCUAUCAUUAAAUAUACUUUUUUUAAUUAACUAAUUGUUGAAAUUGAUAAUUGCAUCUACGAUGAUAUCUUUCCAUGUAACCUCAGUUUAUUAUCUAUAUUGUCUCGCAAUCCAUAUAUUUGUAUUAGCCUGUCGUUUACAAUCCAUUGAUCGUUUGAUUAUUUUGUAUUGUAGAGCUAAUAUUUUUUUAAUUAAUUUGAAAUAAUUUACUUAACGCUUCCAGCAGUUAACACGACUUAUCAACAAACACCUGUUAGUUUUCAAUCAAAAUGAGUAAAAGGUACGUUAUUAUAAUAUGCUGCUCGUUUGUCUGACAAAAUAAAAUGUUACAAAACGGUU